AACUCGUCGUUUUAGGGCUCCCCCGUCAGUGUUGCUUUAUUAGUGAUUUCCAGAGGGAGGGCGAGAAAGAGAGAAUCGGCUGUUCGGUGGGGCACGGGUCAUGGCGGAGAUCGACGGGGGGACGUGGUGGUGGGCGGUCGCCGGAUCGGCUCAGCUGGUGGCCGGACUGGCUGCGUAUAGGCGUGGGAGCGGCGGCUCGUCCACGAUGAUGCCCUUCAAGGCCUUCGGCGUCGCUUCGCUCUUCGUGGGAUCCGCUUCCUGCGCCGUCGCCGGCGUCGUCCACGCCUCCGGCAUCCGCCAGAUAUCUCGACCAUCGACUCAAACGUUUCACCGUUUGGACUCAGGUGGACGAUUUGAAGCGGCUUGGUCAAAGCAUACGAUCAAAGCUCGGCGUCCCACCCAGGAGCUCCAGCAAUGGCGGACAGGCGAUUUGACUAUCAUACCUCCACCAGGCAGCUGAUCUUUAUCCGAAUACUCCUGUUUGUCGAAGCACAUUUUGGUCGUCAUCGGCAACAGAAUCACAACCUCUGGAACUUGGGAGUCGGCAUGACCAAUAUCCCGAUAUUUGAGUCCUUUUCUCCUUGUGUUUUUGGCUUGAAAAUGCCUCAAAGUGGUAACUGAUUCUUGUGUUUCUACCGAUGAAUGAAUUGCAUUAAUCGCACGCCAUGUACAA